CCCGCCGCGGGACGGGUAACGGUUACGAAGCACUUUCUGGGCGGCGAUUUCUGCUUAGUCAUUGUCUUCCAGGAAACGGCUCCCGCGGCGACCGCCAGCCGGCUCUCCCGCGGCGGCCCCCGGUGCGUCCACUCCCGGCCGGCCGGCCCGUCCCGGGCCCGAGCGCAGGCCGAGGGCGGCCCCCCACGCGCGGGGCAACCAGCCUCGCGCUCGGCGGUCCGGUCCCGGGCGGCGCGUCCCCUGCGGACCGGCCUCCUUCCCCCGCCUGCGGCCGCAUCCCCCCACCCUGGGCCGGCCGCUGCCAUGGGCACCGACAGCCGCGCGGCCGGGGCGCUCCUGGCGCGGGCCAGCACCCUGCACCUGCAGACCGGGAACCUGCUCAACUGGGGCCGCCUGCGCAAGAAGUGCCCGUCCACGCACAGCGAGGAGCUUCGAGAUUGUAUCCAAAAGACCUUGAAUGAGUGGAGUUCCCAAAUCAACCCAGAUUCGGUCAGGGAGUUUCCAGAUGUCUUGGAAUGUACUGUAUCUCAUGCAGUAGAAAAGAUAAACCCGGAUGAAAGAGAAGAAAUGAAAGUUUCUGCAAAACUGUUCAUCGUAGGAACAAAUUCGUCCUCAUCAACUAGAAAUGCAGUUGACAUGGCCUGUUCAGUCCUGGGAGUGGCACAGCUGGAUUCUGUGAUCAUUGCUUCACCUCCUAUUGAAGAUGGAGUGAACCUGUCACUGGAGCAUUUGCAGCCUUACUGGGAGGAAUUAGAAAAUUUAGUUCAGAGCAAGAAGAUUGUAGCUAUAGGUACCUCUGAUCUCGACAAAACACAGUUGGAACAGCUGUAUAAAUGGGCACAGGUAAAACCAAAUAGUAACCAAGUUAACCUUGCCUCUUGCUGUGUGAUGCCACCUGAUUUGACUGCAUUUGCUAAACAAUUUGACAUACAGCUAUUAACUCACAAUGAUCCAAAAGAACUGCUUUCUGAAGCAAGUUUCCAAGAAGCUCUCCAGGAAAGUAUCCCUGACAUCCAGGCCCAAGAGUGGGUGCCCCUGUGGCUGCUGCGUUAUUCCGUCAUUGUUAAAAGCAGAGGAAUCAUCAAAUCGAAAGGCUACAUCAUCCAGGCUAAACGGAGGGGCUCCUAACUGCAGUCAGGAUCGUCACCUCCCAGUUGUAUUUUCCCUGAAUAUAUGAAACAAUUGAGAUAUGUAAAAAUCUAAUGACUGCCUACACAUGGUAUCCCCGAGGCAGGUAUUUCUCAGUGAUAGCUGACAUAUGUUACUGUCAAGAUUUGAAUACUUUUCUUGCCUCCACAUCACUCACACGAAUCUCUGUAUUGUUUCCAUUAAACUGUUGUUUUCUAAUUGAAGUUGUCUAUAAAGAAAAUACUUGCAAUAUAUUUUUUCCUUUAUUUUUAUGACCAAUAGAAAUCAAGUAAAUUUGCUGGCUAUAUAUCAGGGUAAUGUAUAUACACUUUUUUAUUUCCAAAAGUACCCAUUAAUUGCUUCUUAUUCUAUAGAAUGAGCAAUUUAAUUACAUUUGUUAAAACUGAAAUACUGGAAGAUAUUUUUCUUGUCAUUGGUUAGAUGAUUAUAUACCAGAGUUAACUGGAGUAGCCGGGUUCUACUAGUAGUGUAAAUAAAAAUGUACUUCUUCAUCAAUAACAUGAAUGGAAACAACAUUUUUUUACGUGUCCUUAAUAGUAUUUUAUUAUCAUGAUUUAGCCUUGUAUUCUUGUGCUAUAUUUUCUUGCUAUUAUUUACAAAGACAUACCAAAGUGAAUCUGAAAAAAUCAGAAAUUUAGAAAUUAUUGCUUGGGGUCUUUAUGAAGGCAUUAUCAUCAAUAGAAUUUUUAAAAAAAUUACCCAUCCUUAAUAUUUUUCUACUCAUUUAAAAAUAUUUCAUAAGGAUUGAGCAUUUUCUAUGUGCUCAGCACAUACUAGGUAAUGUGUGGGCUGUAGAGAACGGAGGCAGUACGGAGCCAAAGGUUAAAGUCAAAUAAAGUUUGUGAUUUUCAUUCCUCACUAAUAAUUGACUACAAGGCUGAAAGCCAGAAAAGGAAUGAAAACAACUUUUAAUUCAGGGACAAUGAUAGCUAUAUAAAUAACUUUGAGAUAUGAACUUAACUACUUCAAAAUAAAAGUAUAGAGCUUGAAGAAACUUUAUAUCAUUUAGUAUAAGUCCUCCUUGGUUUAAGAACCGGAAAAUAGGCCAGGAAAAUAGCUCAAAGAGCUGAAGCACAUACUUAGCAUGCAGGAGGCCCAGGUUCAAUCCCUAGCACUGCAUGAUCACCUAGCACCACCAGGAGUGACUCUCAAGCACUGAGUUAGGAAUAAACCUUGAGUAAUACCCAGGGGCUCCCCCCAGUUACAAAAGAGAGAGAGAGAAAGAAAGAAAGAAAACAAAAACCAAAAUAAAAUAGCGAAUAUAUUAGCUAUGACCUUUGAUAGAUAUUUCCUUAAUUUCACAAUUUUGUAUUUAUAACCCAAAUGGUUUGAAAAAUAUUUUAAAAUUUCAUAUAGUCUCAUAGUAGGAUACCUACCUUGCAUAUGUAAGACCCUGGGUUUGAUCCCUGGUGCAGAAAAUAAAAAUCUCUUGAUAAAUUCUUAAGAGAUUUUUUUUUCAGCAAAAUGAAUUCUCCCCCACUACCCAGUUUUGCAGAUUAAGGAAUUAUAAGUACACUAGACUCUUCCUAUCUUAAGGUUUUAUGGUUACUGGUUGAAUUAUUUGAUGAUUAAAAUUGUAAUAUGGAGACAAAUAAUUUUCUUGCUAAAUCUUACUUAGAUUCUGAGCUUUCUAAAGCCUUAUGUAGUUUUUGUAUUAAUUUUAUCUGAUGUUAUUAGUAUUUAAUUUUUAACUAGAAUUAUAUAAAUGCACAACUUUUCCAUAUAAAUCUUUAAAUAAACGCGCAUUUUAAUUUAAGCCUAUACACUGAAUUGGCCAGCAUAUUGAGGGAAGUGGGGGAACUUUACUAUCAAAUUCUCUUUCAAAACCCUGGACUUAAAAAUGGAUUGUUUAAAAGAUUUUUUUUUAAAGUGUGUGUGGCAGGGGGGAAUGUGAAAGUAUCCAAACUUCAGCAGGAGCUUUUUUGUGUUUUAUUCCUAACCCCUCUUGACAAAGAAGCAAGAUUGUAGAUUUAUUUUGUGAAGAUGAUCCUGUAAGGAACUUUUACAUUUUUUUUAACUUCUGUACAUUAAAUUUCUGUUAGUGAAUAACCUUUAAAUAAUGGGGUAUGGGUCUCUAUAUUUUACAAGCUGGUUUCACAACUUUUUUCAUGAAUUUAUCAGAAUAUAGUCCAUAUUUUUCAAAUAUUUAAGGACCUAAUGUUUAAAAAGCCAUAAACAAAGUAAUAUGACCAAAUAGUUGCUUAAUGUUGAAAUAGUUGCUUAAAGUUGAAUGCUAAGUUACCAGAAAUGUAUUUAACAAAUGGUUUUUCUAAGGAGAUGGGUUUCUGUUCAUCCAAGAUAGAAAGCAUUUAUCGAACUGUUUUUUUCCAGUAAACAUGAAAAGAAGCUGCAGCUUGCUAUUGCUUUUCUAAAAUACACUGACGCCUUACUUUAACACACUGUACUGUAACAUGGAAUUUGUUAUGUGAUGCAUUUAUCUUGAAUUCCCAUUUCAAAAAUUAUAGUCACCAGAAAGACAAAGAUGUUUUUACAAAAUAUGUUCAUGUGGUGUAAAUUCUGAAGACCACAUUUUGCCAAUGUGCUUAUAAAUGAUGUUUAAAAAUAACCUGAGUUAGAACUAGAAUCACAAAGAACAGGUAACUCCAUUUCAGUUCUCACAAUCACUUGGACAGCUCUGUGUGGAACAGAAAAUAAAAUUAGUCGAUUUUGAAUAAAUGGCUUUGAGUUUUCCAUGCCAGAGCCAAGUAAUAAUUAAAAUAGCAUCUCUGUUUUUAGUAAUAAAAGGUCUGAGACUCUUUAAAUUACUGUCUUUUUGUAACAGAUUUUCUUCCUAAUUUUUUCAUCCAAUAUUUUCAAUAUUGGGGAAUGUAAGGUGUUGAGAUGCUUGUAUCAUAUUGGCCAACAAUUCAUCUCCUUGCCAAAUGCACAUUUAGAGAAAUUU